UGAAAGUUUACUGUAAGAGAGGGUCGCAUCAAAUCGAACAAAAAUUGAAUUGUUUUCCAGUUGAAGGCGCCCGUUUGAAUGGUUUAGAAAAUCAGCCUCACGCAUUUGUUACAUUUGGUGCAACGGGUGAUUUAGCAAAAAAGAAAAUCUAUCCCUCUCUAUGGUCGUUGUUCCGUGAUAAUUUGUUGCCAAAUGGAACCAUGUUCUUGGGAUGUGAUCGCAAUAAAUUAACAUCAUCUGAAUUUCGCGCUAAAUACGAACCAUAUAUGCAGGUCAACUCCAGUGAACGAGCUCGAUACGAAGAAUUUUGGCGAUUGAGUCAUUAUUUGGCUGGAAACUAUAGCUCUCACGAUGACUUUAAAUUAUUGAACGACGAAAUUAACAAAUUGACAAAAGGAACUAAUGCAAAUAGACUUUUCUAUUUGUCAAUUCCACCCACCGCAUUCGCCUCGAUUACCGAAUUGAUCAAAGCUAAUUGCAUGGCUAAAAACGGCUGGAAUCGUGUAAUAAUUGAAAAACCAUUUGGUAAAGAUACCGAGUCAUCGAAAAAAUUGAGUGAUCAUUUGGCAAAGUUGUUUGUUGAAGAGCAAAUCUACCGCAUGGAUCAUUAUUUGGGACAAGAAAUGGUGCAAAAUUUGUUGACCUUUCGAUUUUCCAAUAAAAUCUUCAGUCCAACGUGGAAUCGAGACAACAUUGCUGCCGUUAUGAUCACAUUUAAAGAGCCAUUCGGUGUUG